CCUGUUCCCGCUAAUAUUCUGUCUGACGAUUGUCUACUUCAGUCGUGUUUCAUCUCCGUUGUUUGUUUUACGUAGGACUUUUAGCGAACUUUUACAUUUGGUAGAAAUACAGCUGCCGGCCAGCCAGUUCAAAUUUAAUUUGGCGAGCGUGUUUACUUUGGUUAGGAAAGGCACUCGUGUUGUUCCUGGGGUCUGACAUGCGGAUUUCAACUCGGUAGGCUGGAGCUGGACACGGAGGCAGUCGCUGCAAGGAAACCGAGGACGCUGUCCAAGAUUGGCGCUUCGAAGGACUCGUCGUCGUCGUCCGCGGCACGGCGCGGCAUGGCAAGUGGCCCACCUCUACACCACACCACCAGGUGGAGCGCUGCUGCAGUUACAGAUCUGCGGGGCUUCGAGUUCGUAUGCAAGGUUUCUGACUCGUUGGUGGUCCCUUGGAGGCUGGUCCGAGCCCCGCGUCGCCAGCAGCUGGACGAACAUGGACGUCCUUGCCCUUGCAGGCGGCUAUGCUCGUCUGUCGGCUGGCCUUCUCCCGGUGCCCAACAACGUCCGGCCGACUGUGAAAUCCUCAAGGGCGCAUGCAACGGCGGGGUGGCUCCGCGGCGCAACAGAGCGACGGAGGGGUGGGGGGGCUGGUUGACAAUAUGUUUAGAAGUUACAAAUUUGUGGUUAAGUCUGUGGAAGAGGUUAUAUAGAUUUAUUGGGUUAACAUGUUUUUAUGUUGGGAAAAUAUUUAGUUUAUUCGUCUUAAAUUCUACGUACAGUAAAACUAUUCGCUAA